AUGGCUACUCCUGAAGAUUUAAAGAUUAAUGCUGAAUAUAUUCGUAUGGCUGAUCAAUAUAUCGAAGUACCUGCGAUGCGUUCGUUAGGUGAUAAAAUAUCAUCUAUAAUUGCUGCAAAUGUUCCUAUGAUAGAUUGGAGUGUGGGUGGAGGAGAAAAAGGAAUUAUAAAAGUGGAAAAUCAAGAUAAUUUUAAGCAAGCAUUUGCUCAAAUUCAAGGUGAAGUUCCUGGUUCACUGACUUUCAUCACGCGACUUGCUCCAGAUGCUCAUCAUCUUGAAGUUCAAGUUUUAGCGAUUCAAUACAGAAAUGCGAUCUCCUUAUUUGGAAGAGAUUGUUCAGGAAGCACUUCUGUUGAAGCUUUUGCAUGCGGUGUUACAUUUUUCUUUGUUGGUGGUGUUGAUAAAGAAAAUCGAUUUGAUUUUUCGGAUCCCGAGUCUCUUCAAACUCAAAGGAGACCUGUACCAAAAGGUCAUGUAAUAACCGUUCGUAUAACAGUGGAAAACCCUGACGCAGGAUUUAAACCAAGUAGUGGUAUGUCAAAUUACUUGAAACCAAAGCUUUCAAAAAAUAGUUUUAUAGUGGGAUGGUUGGACGAGAAUCUAACUGCCGAUAAGCCUGAUAAAAUGUAUCAAAAUUAUGAAGUUGUUAUUAUGCAGCCACCACAAUUACAAUUAACGAUCUAUGAAACUAAGGAUGAGCAAGAAG